AUGGAUCCCAACGAUCCUGACUUUCUCUACUUGGGAGUGGAUCGCAAGAAGCUGUUGAAGGAGGCCGAAGCCGGAGGGCUAGACUCCAAAAACCUCUGCUGGGUUGAAGAUGAGAAGGAAGGUUACGUUUUGGCCGAUGUGGUCGAAACUUCUGGCGACACUGUCGUCGUCAAGAAGAAGGACGGCAAUGAGAAAAAGAUCCGAAAGGAUGACAUACAACAGCUCAACCCUCCCAAGUUCUUCUUAAUCGAAGACAUGGCCAAUCUGACUUUCCUCAACGAUGCCUCUGUCCUGGAGAAUUUGCGUGCAAGAUAUUACAGAAAUCUCAUUUACACCUACUCGGGCCUCUUCUGCGUGGCCGUCAAUCCCUACCGACGCUUCCCCAUCUACACGGCUCAAGUGGCCAUGAAGUACAAGGGCAAACGACGUGCUGAGAUGCCGCCGCACAUCUUCUCCAUUUCGGACAACGCCUAUCACAACAUGCUGCAGGAUCGUGAGAAUCAAUCCGUCCUGAUUACAGGCGAGAGUGGUGCCGGGAAGACAGAAAAUACGAAAAAGGUCAUUUCUUAUUUCGCCAUUGUGGCUGCAGCUUCACCAAAAAAGGACGAGGAAGAGAAGAAAGGUACCUUAGAGGAUCAGAUUGUGCAGGCCAAUCCGGUCUUAGAAGCCUAUGGUAACGCCAAAACCACGAGAAAUAACAACUCUUCACGUUUCGUAAGUUUUCAAUUUUCAUAUUUUGUGCAAUCCUUUCUUAAUGCUGCAAAAUGA